CAGGCGGUGCAUGAGCAGAGCGCCCCCUGGCGGCCGCCCGUCCCGAGCCGCCCAAGCCCGGGAGCCCAACUGUCGGGCCCUGUUCGUUGAGGCCAGCGACCCGCAAUGCUGUCUCUCCUGCUGCUACUCUCCGGCCUGGCCCGGCUCACCGCCCCCUCUGGCCCGCAUUCUCAGAAACUGCAGAUAACGGUGCCGCACAAGGUGGAGAGCGACACAGAGGAUGGGGACGCACAGAGGACGCAGGUCACUUAUGUCAUCGAUAUUGAAAAGAAAAGUUACACUCUCCACCUUGAAAAACAGUCACUUUUAGACCCCAAUUUCCUGGCAUAUUCAUAUAACAAGUUAGGAACAUUGUCUCCAGAGUCAUCCCUUUUGAAGAAUCAUUGUUUUUAUGAAGGAUAUGCAGCAGAAGUUCCAAAAUCAAUUGUGGUACUAAGUGCCUGUUCUGGACUCAGAGGAUUGUUACAGUUUGAGAAUGUCACCUAUGUGAUGGAGCCAUUGGAAUACAUACCCACAUACGUUCAUAUACUUUAUCAGAUAAGGAAUAAUAACAUAGAUCACUCCUCCUUACCAGAAAGCUCGCCUGUGACUCCACCUGUGGAUCAGUCCUACAGAAUUCAUGUGAAACAGCAAAAACAUUCACUUGAUCCACUGUUGACCAGGACUCUGAAAAUACAAAUCAUUAUGGACAAAGGCUUGAUGUUUUCUCAGCUUAAAGUAAACGUUAUGCUAUCUUCUAUGGAGGCCUGGUCAGAUCAAAAUAAGAUUCCAACUAAUGGGGAUGCUGAUGAUGUUCUAAAAAGAUUUUUGUCAUGGAAAGAAAACGUUUUGUUUCAAAGGUCCCAUGAUAUGGCAUACCUAUUAAUUUACAGAGACCAUCCUGACUAUGUGGGAGCAGCGUAUCAUGGAAUGGCCUGCAAUCCAAAGUUUGCUGUAGGAAUUGCUUUGUACCCAAAGACAAUAACUAUAGAGGCAUUUUCGGUCAUCCUGGUGCAGUUGCUUGGGAUUAAUCUGGGGUUAACUUAUGAUAACAUCUAUAACUGUCAUUGUCCAGGGACUACAUGCAUAAUGAAUCCCGAAGCAAUACAUUCCAGUGGCAUAAAGCCUUUUAGCAGUUGCAGUGUGGAUGAAUUGAAGCGGCUGGUCUCAAGACCUGAACUUGGAUGUCUUCAAAAUCAAACAGUCUCAAAAGUGGUUUAUGAAGCACAAAGUGGAAGGUGUGGCAAUGGAAGUUUGGAAUCCUCAGAGGAAUGUGAUUGCGGCUUGCAAGAUACAUGCAAAUACAAAAAGUGCUGUGAUCCUAAAACAUGUUUCCUAAUUGGAAGUGCAGAGUGUGGAACUGGCCCAUGCUGUAAUCCAAAAACUUGCAGUUUACUGGAACAAGGAAAUUUAUGUAGGAAAAGCGUAGACCAAUGCGAUUUUCCUGAAUUUUGUGAUGGAUUAACUGAGGCUUGUGUACAGGAUACAAAAGCUGCUGAUUUUGAACCAUGCAGUAAUCAUACUGCAUACUGUUAUAAAGGAAGAUGCAGAGAUACAGAUCUUUUCUGUAUGAAGCUACAUGGAAAAUUUGCUCAGGGAGGUACAGAUCUGUGUACAAUGGAAAUAAAUUUUCAAAAUGAUGACUUUGGAAACUGUCAGGGAAGAAAAUGUGAUUUUAACAACAUUAUCUGUGGGAAGGUAGUAUGUGAAUGGAAAAGUGCAGAAGUAGUAUCAGCCUCAACACAGCUCUAUAAUAUACAGUAUACUUACCUUUCUGGCCAUACAUGUAUAUCUGCACAAUUUAGGGUACCAGCACCUCCCGGAGCAGUUGAUAAAAGCCAAGCAGCUAAUGGUCUUAAGUGUGAAGAUGGUAAGUUUUGUCUUAAUGGAAUAUGUGAGCAGGUGUCCCAUUAUGUCAACAAAACGCUGUGUAACUCAGCUGUGCAAUGCCAGGGACAUGGGGUUUGCAAUAAUUUCCAUAAUUGCCAUUGUGAUGUUGGCUAUACUCCUCCAUCCUGUGACCCAACACCUUCGUCGCCUGGAGGAAGCAUCGAUGAUGGGUUUUGGUAUCAAAGAGGUCAGUCUCUCCAGAUCCGAGUGUUCUGGGAGAGCUCUUUGCUCUCAUAGAAAUGGCCUACAUCUACAAUGUGGUGGCUACUAAGCAUCUCCUAUAUGAGUACUCCAACUAAGC